AUGGAAGGGCAUCGAGGCCUCUAUACGCCGGAGCAUUUGAAGAAGCGCAUAGGGGCGAACAAGGUGCCUCUGAGCGAGCAGACGGCCACCCUAUUCAUGUUUCAGCUGGAGCAACUGGCAUCCGAGAUUCUGUAUCUCGAUCGCUUAAAGCCAGAACACAACUUCAUUCACAUCGCGGCGGUCAUCAGCGACUUCGAAGAUGCCAGAGCCGCAGCCAACAGAAGACGCACUUGUGGCACGAGCAGUUUGAAACGCUCCUGGUACAGUUGGAGUGGCUGCUGCAGUGGCCGCUUUGGGUGCAUUUGA